GGGGGUGUUUCCGGAGGUUGUAGCCAGCGGGCGGCAGUUCUGCGCGGCGACUGGCUGAGGCUUUACCAACCACAGACUCCCGCGGGCUCCCUCCUCACUGGCUCCCGGCCCGCCAGCCAACCAGUUCGCCCACUCCAACACGGACCCAUGGAUGGUGGUGGAGAGGGACAAAUGGACCAAGGCACAGAUCACACAGCAGAUGAAAGUGGCACUCUCAGUAUGGCUGUUCACUUAGAAGGAACCCCACAAGGAGGUGACGGCACACAAGGUCUCCUGACCAACGACUACAGCUAUGUCCUGGAUGAUAGUGCAACAGGUGCGUCGGCCAAUGACAGUAUAGCGAGCGGAGGUGACGAGGACGGAGGGCAUAAAGACGGGGACAGCCUCCGUGAACAUGUCGGCGUGGAGCCUCUACAGGAACAGGACCGAUUCCUGCCUAUAGCCAAUGUCAGUCGCAUCAUGAAAAACUCUAUCCCCAAAAUGGCAAAGAUUGCCAAGGACGCUAAAGAGUGUGUUCAGGAGUGUGUGUCAGAAUUCAUCAGUUUUAUCACAAGCGAAGCCAGUGACAGGUGUCACCAGGAGAAGAGGAAGACCAUCAACGGGGAGGACAUCUUGUUUGCCAUGUCCACGCUGGGGUUUGACAGCUACGUGGAACCACUCAAACUGUACCUACAGAAGUACAGGGAGUCCAUGAAAGGAGAGAAGGGAGGGAUGAAUACGUCCACUACAGGUGCUGGAGAUGAGAGCCUCGCGUCGGACCUCGGGGCUGAUGAGUCUUUCACUGCCAACAUCAUCUCCACAGACGGCCAGACCACGAUGACGUACACAUACCCCACACAGGUUCAGGUGGGUAGGAUUCCUGUACUGGAAAUGGGCCAACAGCUACAGUUCACAGGAAUGUCCAGCUGAGCACAGGUUCUUCACAGCUUCACGAUCACACAGAAUCUGCACAAACGUCCCUCCAUGCACUCCCGUACAGCCGUGUCACACUUGUACAGAGAUCAGGACACAUACAGUUUCACGAGUUAUCCCGUACCUCAAUAGUAACACAUGUAUAUGUAGAUCAUAUCAUUUGUCACAGUAUCUGUUACAAAGGUAGCAUAGCUGUGAGAUACUUAAAUUUUCCAGGUUGUGCAUUUUCCGUCUGUUGCUUUGAUUUGUAUGUAUACUGACAGGGACACAGAACAUUUUUCUGAGCUGUAUCGUUUGUUUACUGAUCAGUGAAGGCUAUAACAUUUUAAGAGAUUGUUUGAAAGAUUCCGUCAAACUUCUGUGAAGUAUUCCAGUGGAGUGUUUCCCCACAUCUAGUGUUGGAUGACUUCUUCGUGAAAUGCCGGCCAGUUUGAAUUUGUGAAGGCACAGAGGCUUACAGUAACAAAAAUGAGACAUCAGGUUUAAAUCGCUUUCUUCCAUUCAAAACAUGCAGAUGAACUCUCUACAGUUGAUCUUUAGGCCUUCAGAAAAUGAUUUGAACGUGACGAAAAGAUAAACUCAUUUUUUGUAUCUUGUAAAUACGGUAAGGACCUUGACAUGUUUUUACACAUAAUGCAAAGUUUGUCUAUUGAUGCAGCUUUUUUUACUCCAUUCCUUCUCUUGUAUAUAUCAAUAUGUGAUACUGGUAAUAGUACUGCUACAUUCAAGACUAUAUACUGAACUUAAACUACCAGAGUGGGUUUUUCUUUUGUUUUAUCUCAAUUUCUUCAUAUGACUACCACUUAAAGUACAUGUGUAUCUAGAACCUCCAAAUAAGGCAACUUUUAAGUUAUGUUUCACAGAAUAUGUUAUUACUAG